GUCCAUGCGAAAACCUACGGUCCAAAUUGCGGCUCAAACAGCUCUAUUAAUCUCUCGCCGAUAUGUGGCUGGUUGGUACACGCACAAGCCAAGCAAGAAGUAGAGGAAGAAGAGGAGGAGAAAGAACUGGGUGGGUGAGAUUUUGGAGCUGCUCCUCUCAUGGAGAAGGAAUCGAAGGAGCAGAGAGGUGCCCCUCUAAGAGCGGCUCCUCCGGAGCCUGAUUUCCCCUUGCAGUGGGGAAGCCGCAAGCGCCUCCGUUGCGUCAAGGUCAGGGACGAGGGCUCCCCGGCUAAAUCCGACGGCCGGAGGCGGGCUACGUCCCGGAUCAACCGCCGCGUUGUCACCGGAGGCGACAAGGACUUCCCCACGCCGCGGUUUCACCGCCCUGCCCAACUCCCCCACAGGCGGUCGGAGUCUGCUGGGAGCGAGAAUCGGAGGUCGCGCUCUGUGUCGUUGUCGCCGGAGAAGGAGGACCGCUGCUACACCACGAGGGGUUCGGUGGCGCACGGCUGCGAGGGGGAGAACGGGGCCGGCGGCGGAGUCGGGGAUGAGAGAGGCGCCGCGGUGCUGCCCAGGUUCUUCGUCUCGCUGUCGAACAAGGAGAAGGAGGAGGAUUUCAUGGCCAUGAAGGGGUGUAAGCUGCCUCAGAGACCCAAGAAGAGGUCCAAGUUCGUCCAAAAAUGCAUACUUUUGGUGAGUCCAGGGGCAUGGCUCUCAGAUCUUUCUCAGGAGAGGUAUGAGGUGAGGGAGAAGAAGGGAUCGAGAAAGAGGAGGAGAGGAUUGAAGGCUAUGUGUAUGGAGAGUGAUUCAGAAUGAAUCAAAGGGGGUGAGGAGGACCUUUUUAUUUUUUUGUAGUUUAUUUGAUGAAUAAAACUUGCUCAUUAAGCCUGAAAUGUUCCCCCUUACACUCUAUCAAGAGGACCAAGUUUGACUUUUGGGCAGA